AUGGCUGAGGGGUUCCUGAAUUUGGAAAAUGAUUUGGAAGGAGAAGCUGAGAAGUAUUUAAAAGAGCUUGUCGAUAGAUGUCUAGUCAUCGUCUGCAAGAAAAGUCUAGAUGGAACAAAAGUUAGAUCAUGUAAGGUUCAUGAUCUAAUAUACGACCUGUGUGUGAGAGAAAUUCAAAGGGAGAACAUUUUUAUCAUGAACGACAUUGUGCUUGACUUAUCAGAUUCAGAAUGUCAAUCUAUCAGUAUGCAUCAAAUGCAGACCUUUAAGCAUGUGACUGUUGAUGAAACUGAUUAUUGUUACUAUGGUCUUUAUAGGGCACUUCUUACCCCUGUACAUCGUCAGUUGAGAGAUCAUGACAACAAAGAUCUUUUGAAACGAACCCGUUCUAUUUUCUCCUUUACUCUUAAUAGUUCAAUUUAUGUUCUCAAAUUAGAGCAUAUUCAUUUCAAAUUUCUCAAAGUCUUGGAGUUGAGAGACAUAGUGAUUGUUAGUUUCCCUGUACAGAUACUAAACCUCAUCUGGUUGAGGUACCUAUCAUUGCUCAGCCGUCAGAAUUUAGACAUACCUCCAGAAAUUUGCAAGUUAUGGAAUCUGCAGACAUUCAUUGUUCAAGGACCAGGUCCAUCAGUUGAAAUAACUUUUCCUGAGGAAAUUUGGGGACUAAUGCAAUUAAGGCAUCUCAAAGUGAGCAAAUUUUAUCUGCCAAAUCCCUCAAGCAUAUCUGCUGAUAAAGGGAGUCACAUGGGUUUUUCAAACAUACAAACUAUUUCUUACUUGUCUUUGGAUUGUUGCACCAACGAGGUUAUUUUGGGGAUUCAGAAUGUCAAAGAAUUAGGAAUCAGAGGAAAGAAGAUUGACUCCAAUGGGCUUCUCGACAAUCUUGUCCAUCUGCGGCAACUUGAAACAUUGAGUUUUAUAUUUUACUUUCCCCAUUUUCCAGCAAGUGCAAAAGCUUUUCCAGCAACACUCAAGAAGCUGAAGUUAGGAGAUACUUAUAUAAGUUGGUCGUACUUGGACAUCAUAGCUGAGUUGCCUAACCUUGAGGUGUUGAAGCUGAUGCCUAAUGCUUGUCUUGGCAAUAAAUGGUACCCAAAUGACAGGGGAUUUACUCGAUUGAAGAUUCUGUUAAUUGAAGAUCGUUUUCUCAAGUACUGGAAAGCCACAGAUGACAAUUUUCCUGUCCUUGAACGCCUGGUGCUUAGAAGGUGCUCUCAUUUGGAAGAGAUACCCAUUGAGUUUGCAGAUAUCCACACACUACAACUGAUUGAGUUAACAAG